UUUCGUCGUUCGCUAACGUGUGGUUAACGUGAAAGUAGAAGUGAUUUGUAUUAAUUAUAGUACACUUAUCGAAAGCUGGUAAAGACCUUUUUACUGGAGGAACUGGUCAAGAAAAAGUAAUUCAUCAUGUCUGAGACGCGAAAAAACCAUCUUACCAUAGAUGGAGGGCAAGUUAGGGAAGACGACCAUGUCGCCUCCUAUAAGCCUAUUCCAGAAACAGAUACAGAAUUCCGGACAUCCAAGGCAAGUCUGCACAAGUCGAAGGAGAAGGUGUCGCCCGACGGCGCGGAGGAGAAACUGCUGCAGAAGGAAGACGAGGCCAAGAUCGUUACUCGAGUUGACAUGGUGGACGCCAAGUACGCCGUGGGCGAUCACAGGAAUGGGGACGCUAAAAUCGAGCUUGACGCUAAUAAGAAGCAGUUCUCUGGGCUGACGAAGGAGGAGCUGAUGAAGUACGCGGAGGACCCGUUCUGGGUGCGCCUGCGCUGGUUCAUGUUCGCGCUGUUCUGGGCGCUGUGGCUGUGCAUGUUGGCGGGCGCGAUCAUCAUCAUCGUACAGGCGCCCAAGUGCGCUGCGCCGCCGCCUCGCACCUGGUAUGAGAAGGGGCCAUUGGUGGAAAUGUCCCAAUCAGAAGACUACCAACAAGCCGACCUAGAGCUGCUGCAGAAGGCAAAGGUUUCGGGUAUUUUUGCUUAUACCUGUGAAAAUGCUUAUGAUGUGUUAAAUAAAGAAGAACCGCCUACGUGCUUGAAGCAGUUCAAGGAGUUUGCUCUCAAAGCGAAGAAAUACGGAAUACAAAUAAUCGUAGAUCUGACAGCUAACUUUGUACCGAAGACCCACACUUGGUUCCAACAGAGUGAGAACAAGACAGGAAACUUUACUGAUUACUUCAUAUGGGCUUCGAGUGAGGAGUUCAACUCUGAAGGUCAACGGUUGUAUCCCAACAACUGGGUAUCACGUGAGAAUGCUCCCGCAUGGUCUCUGAGCGACAAGCGCCAACAGUUCUACCUGCACCAAGUGAGUUCGGACACGCCUGACCUCAACUUCAACAACAUCAAAGUGGUGAAGCAGUUCGACGAUGUCAUCGCGACGUGGAUGAAAGCCGGCGCUGGGGGAAUCAGGCUGCAGCACGCGCGCUCGCUGCUGGUGGACCGCUCGUUCCCGGAGGACGUGCAGCUCACGGGGCAGGGCAGCACGCCCGGCGCCGUGCACACGCAGUACGCGUACUGGACGCACCGCGGCCUGCGCGACCAGCCCGCGCUCGCCGGCCUGCUGGCGCACUGGGCGCAGCUCGCAGACACGCACGCUGUCGUCACCGAGGGAACUGUGUUUACGAUAGCAGACGACAGUCGUCCAGAGCUGUACCAGAAGAUGGCGAACGUCACGCUGCGGCCGCCGUCCGCCGCGCCGGUCUCCCUGCAGGACGCCACGCAAGCCGCAGCGGUCAUCAAUGACCGGCUGAAGAACAAUUGGCCGAUGCUGAAGCUAACUGUGAACAGUGAAUCUGCCAUGGAUGAAGAGCUGGCAGCAUUUACCUUGCUGCUGCCAGCGGCACCGGUGCUGCAAAUGCAGCAAAUUGUCAGUAAAGACAAUAAUAGUGUUAUAAGCGACCUAGUGUCGCACGUGGCGGAGCUGCGCGCCGACAUCAGCAUCCAGCACGGGCAGCUGCAGCUCAAGUCCGUGUCUGCGGCCAACUCCACCGACAGCGUCGUCGCCGCCGCCAGGUGGAAGCGCGGCCACAUGGGCUACGUGUCGGUGUACAACGCAGGGGCGGAGGCGGCGCGCGCGGACUUGACCGCGCUCAGCUGGCUGCCGGAGCAGGCCACCGUGUACAGGGCGCCGCCCUCCAACACAAAUUACACAACCGACUCGUCAGUCGACUGUAACGACGUGUGGGUGCCGGCGAAGUCUUCGGUGGUGCUCGCCUAUGUGCCCAAAACUGGGGCAGAUGAAUAGCGUGCAUGUUCUACGUACAUACAAGUGGUAUUAAUAAGCUUUGACCGUUAUAUAGCGCGGUAUCUCAAAAUGUUUUCUUUGCAUUUAAUUUUGUAACUUUUGAAUGAAUUUGAAUAUAUUGCUUUGAAUAUG